AGAGGGAAACUUUUCUCCAAGGUUCGCGCUCCUCCUCUUCACGCUCCUGACAUGCAGCCACUUCAGCGGCGUACUCUUUAAGCAUUAGCCGCUUUACGAAGUCAUCUCUCGGGCUUUUUUCACUUCUUCCUUAAAACCACCGAGCAAAAGCCUUCCCUGCUAUUUUUCAGUGGAAAUUCAAAAUAAAUUCCAAGGAAUCAACAGCGUGGACCGAGGCGGGAUGGGGCGGUCCGGUUGAAGUUGCGAGCUAAAGACAGGCUGAGUCUCCUCCGGUGCUCCCACCACAGUAACGCCAGUACCCGCCUUGGAGGCCAUGGGCUGCGGCUUGCGGAAACUAGAAGACCCGGAGGAUAGCAGCCCCGGGAAAAUCUACUCCACCUUGAAGAGACCGCAGGUGGAGACCAAAACAGACACCGUGUACGAGUAUGUACUGCUAGACUUCAGCUUGGAAGGUAGCCGUCCGACAGUCCAGUAUGUGUCCUCGCUGUCUGAGUUGCCUCAGGCCCUACAGCCAUACUACACCCAAGGCUACCUCCUGGCUGCACUUCACCCCAUCAUCCUGUCUGUGGGUCGGACUCGCUCGCUUCCCUUCAGCCUGCUCUACCGCGCCAUCCUGGCCCGUCCUAGACCCAGGUACGCCAGUCCUAGUCCAACGUCAUCAAAUUUAUCUUAAAACUGGCCUAUUGUUGAUUUUUUUUUCUUGUAAGUCAUGGUCAAAGAAAGCUUUUGCCAUGAUGUUGUCUAGUAGGUAUAUGAAAGAUAAAUGAAGUCAGCUGCAUAUUUAAUGCAAAUUGCUGAUAGGAGGUCUGACUUGCGUGCUAGCAGAGAGAGGAGACUGUGUUUUGGUUUGACUACUGUUCAGUUUCUGUUGGCUAAAAUUCACCUGACGACAGGGAUCUCUCAGCAGCCAGUGAGGAUGGAGUAUGUCUAAUCUCUCAAGCCUACUGGGCUCUGCUGAGGGACCCAAGGGGGCGACAAAACCACCACAAAGAGGUAUAAAACCCACUGCCAGGAAGGUCAAAACCACAAUACCCACACAACAGUCGCAAAGGGACCCAGAAUCACCAUACACAGCUGAAACAACCGCAAACAGAACAAAAAUGACUUGACUACAAAGAGAAAUGAAACCUCCAAGACUAAACACGACUACCAUUUGGAAAAAAACUACCAAGAAACUAAACAUGAAACCGAGAAACAUAAAACAGCCACCAAGGAAGCCAAACUAACCAGGAGAGUCCAAAAAUGAUUACCAGCAACACAAAACAACCACGAACAGACUAAAUACCAGGAGACUAAAAUCAACCACAGAGGAACUAAACAUGAUUAUUAGCAACAUGGCUGUAAAGUUGCACAAAUCAACCAAUACUAGGCAUGAACAUUUUCACACUUUUCUCUCUUGUUUAGACACUCUCAAAGUUCAAACCUUCGUAGA